AUGCCUCCCGGCACAGCCGGGCCGUACCGAAACUGCCCUGUACAAGAUUCAACCAUUGUCUCAGGCCCGCCGCCCAGUCGCCUCUUUGAUACAUCUAUUGGCGAUUUCAACGGCGCGAGCACCAGCGGCCUUGCUCUGACAAUUUUCGACACGUUUCUUGAAAGCGUCAACCCAUCCACUCCACCCAAAGGAAAAGACACGGUUGACGCGGGUGCAGCCACAGAGAAUAUGGCCCCGCACCAACUUACCACACACUUGCACAACAAGCGGCUGUAUUCAGGCGAGAGAGAUGCUACACCAACUCCCAAAAGACGCCGCCAAGAUUCUGCCACCGCCUGGCCCCUGCUGAUACGCCCUGCCUGCACCCCACCGCUGCGUGUUACGCUUGAGGCUCUCGCAGAGAGUUGGCAAAGGCUUGACAAAGACUGGCUCGACGAUCAGAUUGUGAACCUCUUCAUAAGCCGCCUUGCCUUGCCUUCCAUCGGCACCGUCGACAGACUCGUCCUCGGGUCUCGCACACGGAACAAGCCCAUGCUCGAGCGGCUGAUCCCCCUCCGCAAAAAAGAGACACUACUAAUGCCUUUCCACUCACCACAGCACUGGACGCUGUUCCGCUUCGUCAAUCAGACACAAACGCUCAAAGAAUAG